AUGCGCACAUUAAUAUUCGAAGCGCCAUCAGAUUUGGUCGAAUCAGUGAGAAACCUAGAAGAUGAUGUCUUAGAAGAAGUAUGUAAUGAAGAAAUCAAGCAACAAGUUCAGUACCUGGAGACAGUUAUAGACGGAUGGAAAACUUUUGGAAACGUGGAUAAAGAUACUCGAUCGAUGAUUUGCGUUCUGCUGAAAGCUAGAAAAGCUGGCUUGUUUGAAAAGAGGAUUUUGUAUUCAGAAACUACUAAAAAAGAGAAGAUUAUUCAAUCGAAGGGAAGCAGGCAUGGGAAACCGAUGACUCUGGAGUUGGCAUCAACGAGAAAUCUCACAGUUGAUUCUGGAUCAGACCCGGGUGAUGCUGUGCCAGUCUCACUAUCGGCAAUUCUAUCAAACGCCAUCGUUGGAUACGAUAAUGGAGUGCCAAUCAUCUACGAGGUCCUGGAGGCACCAGAAGAUAAUGCCGAAGGUGAGAGCACCGAAGACGAAUCCAAGGAGGACGAAGAAACCAAAAAUGUGCAAAGCUCUAGCAACGAUAACCAAGCCUCACUAGAUAUGGACGAGAUCUUGGUGGAAGAUGAUUCUGUCACUGGAGCAUCGUGCAAUGUUAUGCUUUCAAAGAACAUCAACUUGGCACGCAUACAAGUUAGAGAGGCGUUGGAUAAUGUAGAUGCGAUGAAAGUGGCAGAUGGAGCUGAUGCGAUGGACGAUGCUACUAGAUUGAACUUGAUGACCUUGGAAUCGAAGCUAAUCCAGUCGGCGACGGAAAUGGCUCAAUCCCAAGUGCCAGUUCCGGAGUGGAAGAAACAUCAUAACUUGUCAAAAGGAGCUAUCAAACGAAUGAAGAAGCAAGCUAGGAAGGCUGAGGAAGAAGGCGAUAGACGACGUGAACAGGCGUUGAUUGAGUUGAAUCGACUCCGACAAUUGCAACUAGCAGCCAAGGCGGUAGAAGUGAUCGAAAGCCGAAUCAAGAUCAGCCCGCCCCCAGGUCUUGAAGGUGCUUUGGAAAACAAGCUAGAAGAGCCAGCGAAAGAGACCGAACAGUUGGAAAAUUUGCCACUGAACGAUGUGGAGCUGAAGAUAUUGUUCCGAAUUUUGAAGACGUCGGAAGUCACCGAACCUGGAACUGAAGCUCAUCGCAUCUAUGAAAUUUAUAAAGACAACCAGCAAGUCCUGGAGGAAUAUAUCCUCAAAAAUCUAAACCUGGAGGUUAUUGCAAACAACCAUUACACCCAGCAAAUGGCAGAACUGUCCAAUGAUAUUGAUUAUUUCCAUCGCGUUCAAAAUUCGCUGGAAUUGACAAAAGAGGAAGAAUUGGAGAAGGCCAAGGUUUAUAUAGAAGCUAAGUUGGAGUACUGGAAGACUUCUAAGCAUCAUCAUGCUGAAAACUACAUCGAGAUGUAUAAAUACUUCCAACAAAAUCUCAGCUUCAAAAUUGCUCACGUCAUCGCUGGCUUCAUACCGUUCGAGCAUCUCCCGGAAGCCGAAUUCGAGCGAACCAUGCUCAUCCAGUACCAGCAUGGAAAUUAUUCCGAGGAUUUCAAUGACGAACAACCCGAGCCACUCUCUUGCUGA